ACCCGAUAGGAGGCGUUUCUCUUAACAUACGAAGAACUCAUCUGGUUUUAAAAUUCGGACUUUUCUUUCAAAUAGUUUCUUAAACAAAUACGAAAAAUUAUGAUAAAAGCAAUUUUAGUCUUUAAUAAUCAUGGAAAACCCAGGAUGAUGAAAUUCUACCAAUAUUACGCAGAAGAUAUGCAACAGCAAAUUGUAAGAGAGACUUUUCACCUAGUAUCAAAGAGAGAUGAUAGUGUAUGUAAUUUUCUAGAAGGAGGAACGUAAGUGGACAUUUAUUUAUCCAAUUCUUAAAACAUUAAACAUUCCCAAUGGAAAACACUUGCAUCAAAGUAGCUACUAAUUUUUUUCCUAACGUUAUUAUUUCUUCCGUCCUAAAUAGAUUAAUAGGAGGAUCAGAUUUUAAGAUAAUCUACCGUCACUACGCAACGUUAUAUUUUGUCUUUUGCGUCGAUUCGUCCGAAAGUGAAUUAGGAAUUUUGGAUUUAAUACAAGUUUUCGUUGAAACGUUGGACAAGUGUUUUGAAAAUGUUUGUGAAUUGGAUCUUAUUUUUCAUGUAGAUAAGGUUCAUUAUAUUCUGUCAGAAAUGGUGAUGGGUGGUAUGGUACUCGAAACCAAUAUGACGGAAAUAUUAACACGAGUCAAUGAACAGGAUAAAAUUGAAAAGGAAGAGGUUCCCCAACUUUACUAUUAUUUUUAUAGUCUAUUUUUUUGUUCUUUCCACUGUAUUUUAACAUUUUCUUUUAAUUUUCCUUAUUUUUUGUUUUUUAAAAAAAAAAACAAAAACAAAACAAACAUUCUCCUUUAAAUUUAUAUAUCAUAAAAUAGGCUGGAAUAACCGCAGCACCAGCAAGAGCCGUUUCAGCCGUUAAGGAAAUGAAUCUCCCUCAAAAGAUCAAAGAUAUAAAGCUACCAGAAUUACCGUCGAUUGGUGGAUUGAAAUUUUAAUUGCAAUUAACUUUUCUAGUCAAUAAAUACUUUUUAAAGAAAGAAUUCCAAAAAGAAGAUGGAUGAAUCAAGGAUAUUUUUUAAAAAUAUCACAGAUUUAAUAUCCUGUGAUGGAAUGUAAAAAAUGAACAAGUUAUAUUAAAAUACAUACAAAUUUCUUUGACGUGAGAAUAUGU